CUCUUAUGCUUCGGUUAGCAUCUCCCUACACUAGUGCUCUACUGGCAGUUGGCGGAGGAUUCUUUAUCUUCUUAUCCUUCUGACGAUGAAACCAACUCAGAACAUGUUAUGGGAGACUUGUCAGAGCCAAUUUCAAGAGUCAAGGCAGAGCCUUUUCUCAUAUGCAGAAACCUGUGAAGCCCUGGAGGAAGUAGUUGCUGGGUAGAUACUGGUAGUGCACUAUUGUUCAAUGUUACUGAUCUUCUUUCAUGGCUUGACACUUCAGCCAAACUAGCUGUGGGAUCUGCUGAGUAGGCUGAACUUUUUGAUUUUGAUCACAUAUAUUUUGGUUCAAGUAUUGCCAGUCCAGUUGCUAUUCUAUAUGGAGCUCUUGGACCAGAAUGCUUUAAAGAGUUUCAUGUUACCUUGGUGGAAGCAUCAAAAAAAGGGAAAAAUUAAAUAUGAAGUGAGACCUGUAUUGCCUUAUGGAUGUCAAGCAGCGAGCAGCUAUUGUAGUGCUGUUGGUUCUUCGGACGUAGUAGGGUUGGGUUAUGGUGUGGAACUUGCUUUGAAGAGCAUGGAGUACAAAGCUAUGGAUGAUAGCACAGUAAAGAAAGGUUUUACUGUAGAAGAUCAUAGGACCGAGGAUCUCAGUCCUGAAGUUAGAGGAUUUAUAUUUUCCAAAAUCUUGGAACGCAAGCCAGAGGUGACUACUGAGUAAUGGCUUUCUGGGAUUAUUUAUUAUCAUCAACAAUAUCAGACACGCUGGAAGUUUGAGAAUUGAAGGUUUUAGGACAUCAAACAGCACAAAGGAUAGUGCAUACAUCAGACCCUCUAUGGUCAAUGCAAGAAAUCAAUCAAAAUUUUCCUAGUAUAGUUUCUUCAUUAUCUUGCAUGAAGGUACAAGCUUCUGUUAGACACUCGUUAAAUUUGUAGGCAUAUAUGAUAUCUUUGUUAUUUCUGUCAGCUAACAUAUGCUUAAGCUAUAUGCAGCUUAAUGAUUCUGUUAAGGAUGAAAUACUUGUGAAUCAGCAAAUGGUUCCUCUUGGCAAGUCUUUAAUGGCUUUGAAUGGUGCUUUAAUCAAUAUUGAAGAUAUUGAUCUUUACCUAUAA